CUUCCUGUCGCCAACAGGAACAGAACCUGCCUUCGCAAAGGAGCCUACAAGGAUAAGAAUAGUAUAUCAGAUCACGACGACCAUUUGCACACGGUUUGGCUCACAACGCAUACAUUUAUUUGGUGUUGGACGAGAAGUCUGGAAGAUGGUACAGCCAGAUACCUUCGCUGGGGCGGCGAUCUACGUCCCGUUGUUCCUCCGCUACGUCUAUGACCCAGUUGUCCUGGGUCUCUAUUGCCCUUACGCCUGGAAUAUACCGUCGAGUAAGAUGCGGGAAUUCUUCAACCGCCACAUUGUCAAUGCCACCUUAAGAUUGCGUUCGUCAAACACCGUCGACGAAACAACAAUCCGGCCCGGAUCAAGCAAAGACUCUCCAUGUCGGAUCUUGGACAUUGGAGUCGGUACCGGAUAUUUCCUCGAGCAUGCGCCCCUUCCGGCGGGGUCGGAAGUGCACCUGGUGGACCUCAACCGGGCAGCGCUCCAUGCUGCUAGGUCUCGGACGGUGGCGGCACACCCGACGACGACAUGCCAAAUAACCGUUGCCGACUUUCUUGACCCGGAAAGGAGAGGCUUGCGCUGCAGAGACCUGGGCGGUGGUUCUUUCGACGCCAUAUCGACAAUGAUGCUGCUUCACUGUAUACCAGGACCCCCUGCGAGGAAGGCAGAUGCGUUGGUCCAUCUACGACAUCUGCUCGCCCCUGAAGGUACCCUGUUUGGGAUGACAAUCUUGGGUCGCGGUGUCAAACACAACGUAUGGGGGAAACAGUUGAUGUUUUGGCACAAUCUCCUGGGGAUCUUUGGAAAUACAGAGGACAGCGCGGAGAGCUUCGUCGGGCCUUUGGAGGAAGCAUUUGUAGAUGUCAUGUGGGAAGUUCAUGGCAAGAUGCUUUUGUUCGAAGCAAGAAAACCCAAGCUUUGAUGGCUUAUUCAAAACUUGAGAUGGCCUGUACGUUGAUGAAAUCUUUGAACUGUAGGUACAAUUAAUGCUAAGCUUCGCAACUUUACGAUAACCACAUGGUGUUACAACCUUUCCCCCCUUCUUCUUCUUCUUUUGGGCGGCCUGGGUAGGGCAGGAGUAUUUAUUAGCUUACAUCAGAGGACUACGAGUAUGGAAAGGGGGUUUAUGAGACUUUCAUUACACAUGCAAACUCGCAG